CAUUGGUUGAUGAUGGUGUAUAUUUAUAGGCGGUCAUGAAAUGACUUGGCAUGACUCAUUGUUACAUACAACUAGUAAACAGGUAAGCGUCCGAAACAAGAUCAACUUUUUGUAAGUACGAACCACAUAUUAUACGGUUGCUCUGUCCUGUCCAUAUUGAUAAUUCCAUUCCAAUAUUUCCUACUUGACCCCGUAAGUAUCAUCCGUGACAGUACCCUUCGUGAAGACCGUCGGGUCUCCUAGCAUGCCGUGACAUACCACUAGGAGCCCGACAUGGCUACAUCUCAUCGUGUCGUCUACCUACUCUCCGCGCUAGUGUAUCUUCUGCCGACCCAAACAGCAGGUCACAAUUCCCCUGUACCGACUUACUUCCAUCGAACAUACCCAAAUGGAACCAUGGUCGACGCACGGGACAAAACACUGCGGGACAUCCUACGUGAAAAGCCUCCCAUAAUCAAGCUAGCGCCUACAGCCAAGCUAACGGCUACUCCAGCUCUCGUACGAAACGGCGACACCGUCCAAGUAUCAUGGGGUGGUAUCCCCAACCCGGACAUCUCAGAUUAUAUCGCGCUGUAUUGCCCGAAACACGAUGAUUAUCAUCAUUAUUUGGACUACUUUUACGCGAAUGUAUCCCAGUCAUGGCGAGAUGGGACAGGCUCACGUGAUGUGCUCAUGUAUAACAUGAGGAGUGACUGCGAGUUUCGCUACAUUCGAGGGACCCCUCAGACCCUCGCCGUGAGUAACACUGUCAGCUUUCUGUGGGGACUGAUCGAGCCAUUACAAGGACACAUCGCACUAACAGGGGAUCCGACACAGAUGAGAAUUACUUGGGUUUCCGGUACAGAUUCUCUUCCGUCUGUUUUGUACGGCGAGUCACAACCGGAAAUAAGAGUCACCGGAAGUAGCAGGACCUAUUCAAACGACAGCAUGUGUGGACCUCCCGCGUCAAGCACAGGAUUCUGGGACCCUGGGUACAUUCAUGAGGUGUUACUUACCGGACUACGACCCGACACAGUGUACCAGUACAGCUAUGGAUCUGUCGAGAAAAUGAGCGCAGUUCGUUCUUUCCACACCGCCCCGAUUCCAGGUCCGGAUGUCCCGUUCAAGUUUGUUGUCUACGGGGACAUGGGCGUGUCUGCACCCCCGGGGUCUGUGGUCACGGCCAGGCUGGCCCUCCAAGAGGUGAUAGCUAACAAGGCGGCGUUCAUAUUCCAUGUGGGAGACAUAUCUUACGCAAGAGGAUAUGCCUACGUCUGGGAGCAGUGGCACACCUUGAUAGAACCGUACGCAACUUUAGUUCCAUAUAUGGUAGGCAUAGGCAACCACGAGCAAGACCACACUAGCGGGGGGGCCAAGGACCCAUCAGGGGCACCUGGUGACGGUUUCCACCCCUGGUGGGGAGACUUUGGCGACGACUCUGGGGGAGAGUGUGGGGUGCCUAUGUACCAGCGUUUUCGGAUGCCUGAUAAUGGCAAUGCUCUCUGGUGGUACAGUUUUGAUUACGGCAGCGUCCAUUUUGUGAUGAUGAGCACAGAGCACAACUUCACACGAGGAUCUCCACAGUACGAGUGGCUGGAGCGGGACCUGAGAGGGGUGGACCGGAAGACCACGCCCUGGGUGAUACUAGGGGGACAUCGACCGAUGUACACCAGCGAGAUUAGCCCAGCUGACUACAUCGUCUCCAAGGGAAUGCAACACGCAUUCGAAGAUCUCCUCUCUGAGUACCACGUAGAUUUGGCCCUCUGGGGACACUAUCACGCAUACGAGAGGACGUGCCCCGUCUACAACCAAAAGUGCCAGGCGGGUGCUACAACUCAUAUAAUUGUCGGAACUGCAGGAUGGACUCUGGACCCGGAUCGGUAUUGGAAAAUGGACUGGUCGAUGUACCAUGAUAAUGAGUUCGGUUAUGGUCGCAUUACGGUGCAUAACAGCACUGCUAUGUACUGGGAAUGGGUCAGGAACAGAGAUAAUGCUGUAGUCGAUGUUGUAUGGCUUACGAAGUAAAAGAGGAAACCCUCGAAGAUCAAAACA